UAAAAAGUCUUACAAGGCAAAAUUUCAAUCGCUUUAUGGAUUAGCAAUCGUCAACUGAAAGCAGGCAAAAUAAUCUAACUCAUAAGUAUUACCAAAAUCCCAGUGCUGCCUCGAAAAUUAUUGCAAGGAAACUGGUGACGAGAAUUUUGGAAAACACGGAAGAACUUCCGGUUUAGCAGUUGUGAAUAUUUUUUUCCCUACCAGUUCGCUUUUAAACAGGAAAACAAUCCAGCUAAAUGGAAUGUAGUGGUUACGCUCAAAGGAGAUCAGAUGCAAGGAAAAAAAGGUGCGGGGCAACCAACGACAACCGCCGAGGAAGAAUCACAGGGGAAACUUGCGACUUCGUGGCAGUUCCAAAGGAUCUCAUGGGUUUUGUGAUUGGCAAGAAGGGAAGUUCGAUAAAGUUAAUAGAGACAGAAUCAGGAUCAAGGAUCACUUCAGACAGCGAUCAGGGAGGCUUUUCAGUAAGCGGCAAUGAAGGGCAACGCGCACGCGCAAAGCAACUCAUCUAUCAAAGAAUGGAGGAAGCCCAGACUAAACGUGGGAGGAAGGGAUAUCCCCGACAACUUGUGAAAAUUCCGAGUGCAUUUGAGAAACACGUGAAAGGAAAGGGAGGAGAUAAUCUUCGUAAUAUUUGCACAGUGACUGGAGCACAAGUAUUUCCUCGAGGGAAUAAGCUCUUUGAACUGAAAGGAACAGAGAAAGAAGUCCAGCAUGCUGAGUUACUGAUGAAGCGAAGAGUGGCCUCAGCGAGGAUCAAACCAGACAAGAUGUGCUGUUACAUUGACGACAGGAAUCUAUCGAAGGGUUGUGAACUACAGCUCGUGCCAGUUGAAGACGAAGACCGCAUGGUGUUGCCAGGAUCACAUUCACAGUAUCGGCUGAAACCGUUGGAGGAAUACGAAUUGUUUCGUGGAGCAUGUAGUCGAGGCAAAACAGUUCCAAGCUAUCAAAACGACCUCAUAGCAAAUGCACUUGAGUGUCUAAACAAGAUCAAACGUGGAAUUGAGUCAAACAAAUUUCACGAAGCCGACAUGUGGUGUCACGUUGGGACCGUUAUCAUCCGAGAGCCUGAUGAAGCGGAUGUUGGAGAAACAUGGGAUAUUCAGGAGGCGGUUGACAAGCUCAAGAAAAGGGAUUGGCGCCUUGCGUUCAAGGAAGGUGUGCUAAUCAGCAAACACUUGUUACAGGAGACGUUUGGUUCACCAAAGACUGACGAGGAUUACACGUCAAGAUACGAUCUAACUUUCAUUACACCUCAAGGCAGAUCACUAAGAUGCAAGGUGUGGGUUGCUAACCAAGAUGUGCAAGCAAAACUCGAAGAAAUUCCAAUUCCAUUCAGUGACAUCAAACAUGUCGUGGAAGAACUUCAUUUCGAUGAUGAAUUGACAAGAUCACGAUGUCGAGGAUGGUUGGUUCUGCCAUCGAAAAAAUAUCUCCAGGCCGAUAUAAUUUUUCCCGGCUGCCAAGUCGAUUGCAGACUCAUGAUAAGGCCUAAAACAAUUACAGCCAUUGAAUUACAUAACAGCGGAGAUGAAGAGGUGCAAGCAAAGGUAUUAGCUGAUUUUCUGUCCAGGAAGUUAACAUUUACAGUACCUGAUGGAUUGCAUGUGCCUAAAGAAGAGCUACCGGCGGGAUUUUUAUUCAACCAUAUGCGCUGCUCCCGUCGAACAUUGUAUGAACCACGGGAGGGGUUCACUUUGAUAAUUUCUGAAGAAAGCACUUGGUGUAGUGACGUCAGAGGGGAACAGAACAGAGAAACAACUGAUCUCCACCUUGGCCGGGAAGAGUGGGACCGAGCUCUCAGUGGUAAAGAUUGGGAACCGGAAAUGAUCACCUCCAAACUGCCCGAGUUUCUCCAGUUUGUCUAUCAGGUUCAAGAUUUUCUAACAACGAGUAACUGCAAUAGCAGAGGAUGAGCUUUGGGAAAGGUGGAAGAACUUCCAGCCUUAAGAGCUCUAAAGUUCUCUUUCAGCUCAGUUAUGUGCUACUUUCUAUAUCAACUUUUUAAAGGAGAAAAAAAGUACGAAUAAAUGACAAGUCUUGGUUAUGCUCACGGUGGAGCAGAAGAAGUUUUAACCUUAAUUAAACAAUUUUUUUAUUGAGCGAAUCCAGUCAUGAAACUUCGAGAGCAAAUCAUUCCAUAACUUUUUGCCCGCGGGACGGCGUUCAUUGUGUCCAUCACAACGAAUUGCAAAUUCAUCCCUUUCUUUUUCAAAUUUUGAAUUUUUGAUACGUUUAUCUGCUUAUUUCCUUAUGUUUUUUGCUUUUU